CUCCCUUCCUCGUCGCAGACCAACCGCCACCCUGCCACCGGCCCCGGCCUCUCCCGCUCGCUCCCGCGGCGCAGCGGCCCUGACCAGGAGCGCGCACGCUGCCGCCACGGCUCCCUGCAGCUGCUCGUCCCGGCUCGGCUCGGCUCGUCUUGCUCCGCCGCCUGCGUUCCCUCCCGGCCUGCCCUCUCUGCCCGCUCGCCCGGGGCGAAGGAAGCCGGCCGCGGGGAGGGGCCCCAGCGCCCCGCAAGGCAUCGCUCGGACGCUCGCUGAGCUCGCGCUUCUCGGACCAGCCGCCCCCACCCCGAAUCCCGCAGAAUCCCUGGCAGGAUCAAGCUACGAAUUUGUUGUUGCUCUGGAAGAGUAGAUUUGGAACAGCCACCCGUGUUCCUGCCGUCAGAGAGGUUUAUCGGAUCAAUCAAACAAAAAAUACGCUGAGCGAAGUCCAUCCUUCUGUUGCUAAUUGUCUUAUGAAUAGAAACAAAAGGAAGGAAAAUGAUGCAUCCUGUUGCAAGUAGUAACUCCCCUUUCUGUGGGUCUGGAAAGAGUUCUUGCCUUAAUGAUGACAACGGGACGGCCACUGAUCAGUUUGAUUUAUACUCCUCUCAACAAACCAAGUACAGCCACACAGUCAGCCACAAGCCAAUUCCAUGCCAGAGACAAGAUGCAUUAAAUGAACCUCAUUUGCAGACCACAAGUGGCAGGAGUAUAGAGACAAAAGAUGAACUGAAGAAAAAGAAAAACCUCAACAGAUCUGGUAAACGUGGAAGACCUUCGGGGACCACAAAAUCAGCGGGAUACAGAACAAGCACAGGUAGACCGCUGGGGACCACCAAAGCAGCUGGAUUUAAGACAAGUCCAGGUAGACCUUUGGGUACAACUAAAGCUGCAGGAUACAAAGUCAGCCCAGGGAGACCUCCAGGUAGCAUUAAAGCUCUAUCACGGCUUGCAAAUCUAAGUUAUACAUGUAGCAGUGCGGCUUUCCCUUACUCUGUGGUGCAUAACAGAGGAGUGCAUGCUGCUGGUGAAACAAGUAGCAAAAUCAAGCAACCCACUGAAUAAAGAGGAAUUAGAUAACAUAUCCUCAGUAAUUCUUUUAAAUUAUCUGAGUUGUGGCAUGUUUUUUCACUUGUUUUGUAACUUUUCCAUAACUUUCUUUCCUUCAUUUUACUUUUUUAAAGAGAUAUCAUAAUCAAUGUUUGUUUUGUUUACAAGUGCACUCCUUAGUGAUGCUCUUGUGUAUUUGCAGAAAGAAUUUUCUAAUAUUCUAAGUGACAAAGUUAUUGUCUGGCCAUCUUAGUUGAUUAGUUAGCAAUUCAAAAUAGCAGAAUUCUGGCUUUUAGGUUAUUUAAGAUCACAAUAAAGACUGGGUGAAAAAUCAAAUAGACUAGUAGAAGCCAAUAAUUCAGGACUGUUUUAUCAGUAAUAGCUCUAAAAUGUAUGUCUCCUUUCCUUUCUUUUCCUUUCUUUUCUAACUAGGAGAGAGUAGAAACUAAAUUUUCCACAAUUGCUGGAACUUAACACGGACCUCAGAUAUUUGUAGAUAUUUCGAAACUUCAAAACUAUAUUUUUAAAAAUGUGGUCAUUCCAGGCAGUCAUCGUGUUAAAGUGCUAUCAGUUUCAAGUAACUCAAACAUUUAAAAAAUAGUUCUUAUGUAGCACCUGAUACACAUUCAAAGUUCUAUUUUGCCAUUAAAGUAUGAUAGCUCUCCUGGAUGUGUUAACUAUUGGACAGUAAUUUACAGUUUAUGAAAGCCUAAGACUACACAUACCAAAUUACUAAUAAUUAAAUAUCUGAAAUGUUUUAUAAGUAACUUAUAAAAAGUGCUAUCAAAUAUGGAUAUAAUGUACAGGCAUAAUGAAGAUAAUGGCGAGAUUCUGCACAUUUGUGUGCUUACAAAUCCAACUGAUUUUAGUGAUACUUAGCUUACACAGACGUGUACAGAAUUGAGCCUAUGUUCUAAAAUCUGUCGAUAGAUGUAUGAGUUUUAAGUGACUUUGCUAUAUCUGCAUUGGUGGCCACAGUUUUUUUUUACAAUUUCAAAUAUUUGGUUUGGCUGAACAUUAUACCUUUCAGAUAGAAAAUCUUGACAUUUUAAAUAAUUUUGCCAGUAGAAGUCUUAUUAUUUAUCACACAUACUGUAGCUAAGAGAACGUAUAUCUACCAAAGGAAGACAUUUCAUGGUUCAUAAUUGGAAAUAAUACAGUUGAUGCACAAGCAAGUUGCAAUUUGAUGUGUUUAUAGAGCCCGAAUAUAUAACAGACCAUAGGAAUACAUCUAUGCAUGGAGGUGCAGAACUAUAAAUGCAUUUUCUGACACUUUGUGCACCUAAAAUAAAUGUUCUACAUUGAAUUGGGUAUGUGUUGUUAUUUUUAAAAGUAUGUGUGUGUGCGCGCGAGAGAGAGAGAGACAAUAUAUAAUACACACAUGACAUUGUAACUGACAAAGCUCUCAAUAUCGAAUAUAUUCCAAAUAUUGCUUUAGAAUUAAAGCUGUUCUAAAACUAAGUUUACAUAUAGUUAUAGAUUAAAAAUCAAAAUGUUUAUCUUCAAUACACACACACACAAACAGAAGUUAGAGAUACAUAUUUGCAAAUCUAUGGGAACAGAACUCUUUCAGGUUAAAUUAGAAAGAUGAAAAUGAACAGUAUUGCUUCUUUUCUUUGUAAGAUAAAUGUUGUGGCCUGCUGACAUUUUGAUGACAACUCUGAUUUCAGUAAUGACAACUUAAGAAAUGGAUGUCAUUUCAUGCCUUUUUUAUCAGGAAAAAAGCAGCAAGCCUUCAGGUGUUCCAGUGAUGCCUAACUCAUAAUGAGCUGGACUUUAUCCUGUAUUUUAUAAUAGGUGUGUUGACUUGUUUUGGGGGGACUUUGUAUGCACUGGCAACCAUGAACCUCAACAGUACUGGAAGGCUCUUUAGUCAUGUAAACUAAUGGCAGCUAAACUGCUAGUAAAAUAAAUUUUUGCUGAAGCUAUGAAGUUCAUUAUAUAUUUCCUCAAGAAACUUUGGAAGUAUGAAACUUUUAAUAAUUUUUCCCACAGUGGUGCAACUUUUGACACAUAUAAUGCUAAUGUGAGCUAAUUCACCCUCAGGACAUAUAUUGUGUUGGGCUGUUUUGUUAGAUGAUUUUUCAACCAAAAGGCUGCUUCAGACACCUUCUGAACUCUCUUGGAAAGCAGCUGAAUGUAAUAACUACAAGAAUGGCACACCUUUAUGGCAAGGAGCAAGUUGCAUGUCACCAGUGUACUUUGAGUAACUUUACUUCUUACCUCCUCCUGUUUUUUUCACGCUACUCUUCAUUUACUUCUCACACGUGCAUCCACUCAGUGGUGCCAUACGGUGUGCUUGGAGUUAACUCAGAGGCAUUAUUGCUCCAAUACAAUGAAUUUUGUAUUCACAUGUUGAAAAACUAAUGAAAUAACUUAAGCAAUUCAUGCUCGUUUAUAAUGCUUAUUAUAUCAGAUGGGAAACACACCCAUUUGAAAGACUAAUAUUGUCAGUUGUGAAAAAAUAAACAUAAAAAUCACCUCUUCAGUUGCUCUGAAGGGCAAUUUAAUGCCCAGGAUUAAUUAAUGAGGCCAGAAAAACACUGUUGGGCAUUCCUUGAUUCCAGUUCAUUUUAUCCUCUGCUGCGGUUUACAAGUGCCAUGCUGUGGGGGAAUACACAGAAGUCAAGAACUUGAGAUGUUUGAAUGGUAUAUUCAAAUAUUUUUGCUACUCCUGUAUAUAAUCAAAAUACAUUGUGCUUUUUUGUUCUUUUUUUGUAACACUGUCUCUUGUCAUGACAAACACUGAAACAGCAUGUUAAUUCCUAUACUUUGAUAUUAUUGGGAAGGUGGAGGAAGAAUAUCCCAUUCUCCCCAUAGUAUUACUACAUGAUUUGUAAAGCAAAUUGAUAAUUUUAUAUUAUAUACAUUAAUUCUGCUCUUUAUAAGCUAGGAUUGUUGAUGUGUAUUGGCACUGUUUGGAAAACUACAUGUCAAAUUUGUGCUUUUCUUUUGAUUAAACAUAGCAUUUUUAUUUGUCUCAACUUUUGAUAAAGCAUUUUGCAUAAUUAAGUAUUAAUAGGGAAUCUGUACUACCACUGCUACUUUAAAUACAUAUAGAAAUUGCUGUUCACUUUCUGAUGAAAUAUACUUAAACUGUAGAACCAAAUAACUUUUAUUACUAUUUUUGAAGUCUUGCACUGGAUAUUUUCCAAAUCUUGACACACAUAUUGAUAGAUGUUUAAUCACAAAAUAAACUAAUUAUUGUGAAGAUAGCCUUCUUUUAAAAAACUGACUUUUUUGUUCAAUGCUCCGAAUUUCAUAUUUUACAGACUUUUAAGAUAAAACACCAUUGAUCAGAUUCAUCUUGCAUUUGUUUUGCAGCGUAGUUUUUAUUGGAAAUCCUGGAACACACCCAGGCCAGAGUAAUACAUAUAGAAUGAGAUAUUCCUCGGUCUAAAAUGCAAAAGACAAUAUCAGAGCAUUUUUAUUUUGAAGGGCUUUGAAAGGCAAAGUAGUUGAGAUAACUUUACUGCUAUUUCCUAAGUUGUCAUUCUGCUUUUUAUUACUGUAUGUACAGUGCAGCACCAUGCAGCUUAUUUAAUACAAAUUUGUUGCUUGCAAUCAAAGUUUUGAGGUUCUUCUUAUAUUCACUAUGCUUUUUACUAUAUAUUUAAUGUAGUUCACACAUUAUAUACACAUUGGAAAUUACUAGAGUGGCCUUUCCUUUUGAUUUCUCUUCAAAUAAAUUUCGGUUCUGCAAUGUGUAAUCUAUUUCAUCUUGAAAGUUAUCAUAAUGUUAUAAAAUUUAAUCUGUGCUCACAUGGGCUAUUUUAAGAGUCUCAUAUUACACAAUUUGCUUUUCCAUGGGACAGGUUUUUUUUGGUGGAACCAAGUACUCAUUAAGUAACAUUACCCUGUCUUCUGCUGUAAAAAGUCUGAUUAGAUACUGUGUAUGUUCUUAAGUCCAUGAACUUCAGCUACUCGUGUGCAAUUGUCUGUAUGGGAAUGGAGUAGUGUUCAUGAUCUGUAUUUACGUCAUCAUAUGGAUGUAUAUUUAUUAAUAAAGUAAUUGCUUUAAACACCAAA